CGGCGGGGCGAUGUGUGAUUACCAUGGCGAGGAGUCUCUGUCCGGGGGCCUGGCUAAGGAAACCCUAUUACCUCCAGGACCAAGGAGCUUCUUUUCUGAAACCAGUGCUGUUUGGACUCUGUGAAAGUACACUUUGUUCUAGGAGAAUUGGCUCGCUUUUCAUAUGUGCGGAUGAAAUAUCUUUUCUUUUCCUGGUUGGCGGUUUUUGUUGGAAGCUGGAUUAUAUAUGUGCAGUACUCUACCUAUACAGAACUAUGCAGAGGGAAGGACUGUAAGAAAAUAAUAUGUGACAAGUACAAGACUGGAGUUAUUGAUGGGCCUGCAUGUAAUAGCCUUUGUGUUACAGAAACUCUUUACUUUGGGAAAUGCUUAUCCACCAAGCCCAGCAAUCAGAUGUAUUUAGGGAUUUGGGGUAAUCUGCCAGGUGUUGUGAAAUGUCAAAUGGAACAAGCACUUCAUCUUGAUUUUGGGACUGAAUUGGAACCAAGGAAAGAAAUAGUGCUAUUUGAUAAGCCAACUAGGGGAACUACCGUACAGAAAUUCAAAGAAAUGGUCUACAGUCUCUUUAAAGCAAAGUUGGGUGACCAAGGAAAUCUCUCUGAACUGGUUAAUCUCAUCUUGACGGUGGCUGAUGGAGACAAAGAUGGCCAGGUUUCCUUGGGAGAAGCAAAGUCAGCAUGGGCACUUCUUCAACUAAAUGAAUUUCUUCUCAUGGUGAUACUUCAAGAUAAAGAACAUACCCCCAAAUUAAUGGGAUUCUGUGGUGAUCUUUAUGUGAUGGAAAGUGUUGAAUAUACCUCUCUUUAUGGAAUAAGCCUUCCAUGGGUCAUUGAACUUUUUAUUCCAUCUGGGUUCAGAAGAAGCAUGGAUCAGCUGUUCACACCAUCAUGGCCUAGAAAGGCUAAAAUAGCCAUAGGACUCCUAGAAUUUGUGGAAGAUGUUUUCCACGGCCCCUAUGGAAACUUCCUAAUGUGUGAUAUUAGUGCCAAAAACCUAGGUUAUAACGAUAAGUAUGAUUUGAAAAUGGUGGACAUGAGAAAAAUUGUGCCAGAGACAAACCUGAAAGAAAUUAUAAAGGAUCGCCACUGUGAGUCUGAUUUGGACUGUGUUUAUGGCACUGAUUGUCGAACUAGCUGUGAUCAGAGUACAAUGAAGUGUACUUCAGAAGUGAUACAACCCAACUUAGCAAAAGCCUGUCAGUUACUCAAAGACUACCUACUGCGUGGUGCUCCAAGUGAAAUUCGUGAGGAACUGGAAAAGCAACUUUAUUCUUGUAUUGCUCUCAAAGUCACAGCAAAUCAAAUGGAAAUGGAACAUUCUUUGAUACUAAAUAACCUAAAAACAUUACUGUGGAAGAAAAUUUCCUAUACAAAUGACUCUUAAUUCAUUUGGACAUUGUGAUUAUAGGAAACAAUUCUAAGGAAAAAUUUUGAGCAUUUAAAAAAAAGAUGGCUUCUGAUUCAAAUCCUUGCCAGUUACACAAACCCCUUUCCCCUGGUUUUAAGAAGUCAUCAUCUUGAGAUACAUAUUGAUUGCUGAAGUAAUGGCAGGAAGUAUAGGAUGAACAGGUCCAAAGAUUUCAUUCCUAUUGGAAGCCCUGGUAGAUUUUCCAGUACAUUCACUGUGUAACUAUUUUGACUCAUGACCUAAAAUAAUGCUGUGAAAUCCUCAUUCCAUAAACAUUAACAGUGCAAGUAUUUUGUAGAUUUGUUAGCCAAAAUACCAUUGCUGGAAUUGUUUGCAUUGAAACAUUGAAGCUGCUG